GCCGGGUGGGCUGCGCGGUGGGCCGGCUUUAAGGUGUUGGUUUGUUUGCUGUAUGUGAAGAAGUGUUGGGGUUGGAUUGUCGGGAGAGGUCCGGACGGGCUCGGACCUCCCCGCUACCCCCUCACCCCUACGCCUUCUGAGUGGGUCUCGGCAGGAGGCGGUAUCCACUGGGGACACGUGCGAGGGAAGCGAAGUACGAAGACGCCUGCGGCUGACUGCGCACAGGUAGAACUCUCUGCUACCAGUGAUGUUCAGAUAAACUUCAGUGAAAUGACUCUUCAGAAAUUGGUGCAUCAGGCUGCCUCCCGUUAUUCGGAUAAAAUAGCUGUAUGUUUUGAUGAGUGUAACAACCAACCUCCAGUUUAUUACACCUACAAGACUGUGGUUAACGCUGCUUCAGAAUUAUCAAAUUUUCUGCUGUUACAUUGUGACUUUCAAGGAAUUCGGGAAAUUGGUCUCUACUGCCAUCCUGGGAUAAACUUACCCUCUUGGAUUUUAGGAAUUCUCCAAGUCCCUGCUGCUUAUGUACCUAUUGAUCCAGAUUCACCACCAGCAUUAUCAAUUCAUUUUAUGAAAAAAUGUAAUCUAAAGUAUAUCCUUGUUGAAAAACAGCAAAUUAAUAAAUUCAAAUCUUCCUAUGAAACAUUGAACUAUGAUACGUUUACAGUAGAACAUAAUGACCUAGUACUCUUCAGACUUCACUGGAAAAAUGUUGAGGUGAGCUUGAUGCUAAAUAAUAGCAUAAGAAGAGAGACAUAUGAAAAAGAAAAAAUGACAAAGAGUGUGAAUUCUGAGAACAGCAGUGAAGAAAAGUUAGAAGAGCACAUGGAUGUGAGGCUAAAGCAUUGCUUGGCCUAUGUUCUCCAUACAUCAGGCACCACGGGGAUACCUAAGAUUGUCAGAGUCCCUCAUGCAUGUAUAGUGCCAAACAUCCAGCACUUCCGGGUGCUUUUUGAGAUCACUCAGGAGGAUGUUUUGUUUCUGGCUUCACCUCUGACCUUUGAUCCUUCUGUUGUGGAAAUAUUUGUUGCUCUAUCAAGUGGUGCCUCUCUGCUUAUUGUACCAACUUCUGUCAAAGUGCUCCCAUCAAAAUUAGCUGCUGUUCUCUUUUCCCAUCACAGAGUGACUAUUUUACAGGCAACACCGACAUUGCUUAGAAGAUUUGGAUCUCAGCUUAUCAAGUCAACUGUUUUAUCAACCAAUACUUCUCUUCGAGUACUGGCCCUUGGUGGCGAAGCAUUUCCAUCAUUAACUGUUCUCAAAAGCUGGAGAGGAAUAGGCAAUAAAACACAAAUAUUUAAUGUUUAUGGUAUCACCGAGGUCUCAAGUUGGGCGACUUUUUACAGGAUACCAGAGAAAAUUCUUAACUCCACUUUGAAAUGUGACUUGCCUGUACAACUGGGAUUUCCACUGCUUGGAACAGUAGUUGAAGUCAAAGAUACUAAUGGUUUCACAGUUCAAGAAGGCAAUGGCCAAGUAUUUUUAGGUGGCAGAAAUAGAGUAUGUUUUCUUGAUGAUGAAAUGACAGUACCACUUGGCACAAUGAGGGCCACAGGAGACUUUGUGACUAUAAAAGAUGGAGAGAUAUUUUUCUUGGGACGAAAGGACAGUCAGAUCAAACGUCAUGGCAAACGUCUUAACAUUGAACUUGUGCAACAGGUUGCUGAAGGUCUUCAACAAGUGGAAUCUUGUGCAGUUACAUGGUAUAAUCAGGAAAAAUUAAUUUUGUUCAUGGUGUCCAAAAAUGAUUUAGUAAAGGAUUACGUCUUUAAAGAACUGCAGAAACAUCUUCCAAGUCAUGCAAUCCCGGAUGAGCUUGUAUUGAUUGAUUCUCUACCAUUUACAUCUCAUGGCAAAAUUGAUGUUUCUGAGUUAAAUAAGAUUUAUUUAAACUCCAUAAACUUGAAGUCUGAAUGUAAACUCAAUGGAAAAGAGGAACUUUGGGAAAAAUUACAUCAUUUGUGGAAGUCUGUUCUGAGUCUCUCAGAAGACCCUUUGAAGGUUCCUGAUGAGUCACUCUUCUUAAAUAGUGGCGGAGAUUCUUUGAAGUCCAUACGGCUCCUCAAUGAGAUUGAAAACCUUGUUGGCACAGCAGUACCUGGGCUUCUGGAAAUUAUUCUUAGCAGUUCUAUUUUAGAGAUUUACAAUCACAUCCUUCAAACAGUGUUUCCAGAUGAAGAUCUGACAUUUAGCAAGAAUUAUUCCACAAAAAGAAAAUCCAGCGAUGUUAAUCAAGAGGAAACCAGUGGAAAAUCUUUACAUCAGGAAUCUGUCAUGCCUUUAAAUUGUGACAACGAGAUCAAUGCUUUUAUUGCACUGAGCCGAGGGAGUCAGAUUUUGUCUCUGAAUACUGCUACGUUUUUAACUAAGUUGGAACAUUGCCCUUCAGCCUAUUCUUCUGAUUUAAUUUCACAGACUAACAUUCAAAAUAUGAAAAGCUUAAAUCCUCCAGCUCUUAUUGGGAAGUCAAAAGAUACGUCCUGUGUUGCAAAAGUUUCUGAAAAGGAAACAUCUGUGAUGGGGGCUGAGAAAAUGGAGUUUCAUGUGAGGUGGAGGUCAGACACAGGCAAAUGUGUGGAUGCUUCACCUCUGCUUGUAAUACCAGCUGUUGAUAAGUCAUCUGCAACUGUGUACAUUGGCUCCCAUUCUCAUAGAAUGAUGGCAGUUGAUCUUUACUCUGGAAAGGUGAAAUGGGAACAGAUUUUGGGAGAUCGCAUUGAAUCCUCAGCAUGUGUAUCUAAGUGUGGAAACUUUAUUGUAGUGGGCUGUUAUAAUGGGUUGGUUUAUAUUCUGAAGAGUAAUAGUGGAGAAAAAUACUGGAUGUUUACUACUGAUGAUGCUGUCAAAAGCUCAGCAACUGUGGAUCCAACCACAGGACUUUUUUACAUUGGUUCUCAUGACCAGCAUGCAUAUGCUUUAGAUAUAUAUAAAAAGAAGUGUGUUUGGAAGUUGAAAUGCGGAGGAACUGUUUUUUCUUCUCCUUGUUUGAGCCUGAUUCCAUAUCACUUGUAUUUUGCUACACUGGGAGGACUUUUACUGGCUAUAAAUCCUGCCACUGGGAAGAGAGUUUGGAAACAUUCCUGUGGAAAGCCACUCUUUUCUUCUCCACGGUGUUGCCUACAGUAUAUUUGUAUUGGCUGUGUAGAUGGGAAUUUUCUCUGCUUUACUCACUUUGGAGAACAGAUUUGGCAGUUCUCUACCAAUGAACCAAUCUUUUCAUCCCCAUGUACCUCAGCAUCAGAGCAAGAAAUAUUUUUUGGUUCCCAUGAUUGCUUUAUCUACUGUUGUAGUAUGAAAGGUCACCUCCAAUGGAAAUUUGAAACUACUUCAAGGGUGUAUUCAACACCAUUUGCUUUCCAUAACCACAGUCGUGGCAAUGAAGUGUUGCUGGCAGCAGCAUCUACUGAUGGGAAGCUAUGGAUCUUGGAAUCUAAGAGUGGAGAGUUGCAAAGAGAGGAGAAAAGGAUGUAAUUCCUUCCCCUGCUGUACUAGGCAAAGGAUUUGUACUUAGAUUUUGAAGUCAGGAUUGAAGAAAAAGGUAAUAUGCCAACACCACGAAACGUAGGUUAGUACCAGCAAUGUGUGGGUUUGCUGUAUUUCUGUGUGUCAUGUAAAGCAAAUUUAGGGAAAUAAAAGUGAAUAUAUGUGG